ACUAUGGUUACGGGAAUACGAGCCGCACAAUAUGGCUGCCGGGGAUUCGCUGGUGGUGCACCACCGUGGAAGGAGGUACAGGAGAGCUCACCGGAGGCCGGAAGAUGCGGUGAAGAAAGAAGAUUUAUCACGUGAGACAGGCCAAUCGCAGUCUUUGCCCAAACCUUCUCUGAUCAGUGAGACCCUGCCAACAGAGCUCGCCAGACUGCCUCGAACAACUGGUGAUCCUCACCUAUUCCAGGUAUGUGAGCCAACAGCAGUGACAACAAUCACUCUCGUUACAUUACUAGAGGUACAAGCCUCUCCCCCCUAUUGGCUCUGCACAGAGUGUGCAACUGUCAGUUCCUGAGUCCACAGUGUCAGUUUGCCUGCGGCUACCAGAUGGCAGUCGUAUCAGCUCCACUCUCCCCACCUCCUCCCCUCUCUCCUCCCUAGUGGCAGCUGCUCUGAGUGGAGGACCAGUACACGACUGGACACUAGUCACCAGUGAGGUUCCAAAGAGAGAGUUGAAGAAUCUUUCUCUCACUCUGCAGCAGGCUGGCCUCACACAGUCCUGUACACUCCACCUUGUACCCCCCGAAUGUUGAACACUCUUAUUUGACUGUCCCAAUGGUAUUACAAUCUCUGUGAUACCCUCAUUAUUAUUUUCCAUAAGAGCAGCGACAGACGUCAAAAGGUAUUUGCUGCUCGCAUGCGUGGCAAUGAUUAAUGAAAAGAGUAGACAUGUUUUUAGACAGUGGCAUUCAGAAGCCUUGUGUCCACUGUUUCAGGGGCUUGUAGAUGGGACACACCCCUGAGCGACAGGUGAGCGUUCCCACGGUGAGGGUGUAGGUGGGAGGAAAGAUGCCUUGGGGUGGCAUAGCGACGACCUUUGUCCUCCGAGGAGGCAGCAGGAGGUCUGUGGA